GUGGCCGAGCGCAGGGAGAAGCUGGCAGGUGGCAAGCUCGGGAAGCCAGAGCACAGCCUCCCGUUGGCGGCGGAGCCGACGGCCGAUCCGUCCGACCUCGUGAUCGCCAAGUGGGGCGACGGUUGCGCGUGGCAGGUGCCAGCGCUGACGGUGAGGUCUCUUCACUUGGAGGCGUCCGCGAGCCGCCAGGUGGACGGUGCUUGGAAGGGUGAGAUCGCGCGGCUCCACCAUGGCGAGCACGUCUGGAGGCUGCAGGAGGUGAACCAGCGCAACACUACGAUGCUGUUCAUCAAAGCGGACCUCGGCGAGGGCUACGCGCAGAAGCUCCAGCUCGUCGUGAAGGACUUCACCGAUGAGCAACGCCGUUGCGCAGACAGUGGCAUGAAAGAGAUCAUGCGGCGCAUGGCGGAGGAGGGGAUGAGCAAGGACGACGCCGAGAAGGAGAAGCUGAAGUACGUCGUCAGGAGGGCGAAAGCUGCGGCGAAGAAGCGGCCAGCGUCGGUCGACGACGAGACGCCUGCAAGCGGCGGAGCGCCGACUGGCGCGGCCGAGGCUCCCAGCCAGGGAGGCGAGCAGGGCGCCGCGAGCGCGGGGGGCAAGCUCCUGGUGGACGCUGCAGGGGCAGGCGGUGAGAUCAAGCCUGCCGCCGCUGCCCCAGCGCAGGACAAGGGCGUCGAGGCCGCGACGCCGACGCCAGCGCCUGUGGUGGCAGCAGCUGGCUCGGAGCCGUCCGCGAGCGUCUCCGCGCAGGAGGCACCAGUAGUGAGCGCAGCUUCGAGUGCAUCAGGCCACGGCGUCGGCGCAGGCGCCGCCAGCAACGAUCUCGGCUUCGACUCCAUGG